AUGUCUUGCCGCUCCUACCGAGUCAGCUCUGGUCGUCGUAUGGGCAGUUUCAGUUCUUGCUCAGCAAUGGCGCCUCAGAAUCUGAACCGCUUCCGGGCCAGCUCUGUCUCCUGCAGGAGCGGGUCUGGCUUCCGUGGCUUGGGUGGCUUUGGUAGUCGGAGCGUCAUCAACUUUGGAUCACCCUCACCUCGGAUAGCAGUUGGGUGCUCCCGUCCUAUCCGCUAUGGAGUUGGCUUUGGAGCUGGCAAUGGGAUGGCCUUUGGCUCUGGUGAUGGGAAUGGAGUUGGUCUAGGCUUUAGGGCCAGCAGUGGUGUUGGCCUGGGGUUUGGAGCAGGCUGUGGCCUUGGCUAUGGUUUCGGCGGCCCUGGCUUUGGUGGUCCUGGCUUUGGCUACAGAAUUGGAGGAAUUGGAGGUCCAUCAGCCCCCUCUAUCACAGCUGUGACUGUUAACCAGAGCCUGCUGACUCCCCUCAACCUGGAGAUCGACCCCAAUGCCCAGAGGGUGAAGAAAGAUGAGAAGGAGCAGAUUAAGACCCUCAACAACAAGUUUGCGGCCUUCAUCGACAAGGUGAGGUUUCUGGAACAACAGAAUAAACUCCUAGAGACCAAGUGGAGCUUCCUCCAAGACCAGAAAUGUGCCCGGAGCAACCUGGACCCUCUCUUCGAUAACUAUAUCACCAGCCUGAGGAGGCAGCUGGAUGUCCUAGUCAGUGACCAGGCUCGGCUGCAGGCUGAAAGGAACCACAUGCAGGACGUCCUUGAGGGUUUCAAGAAGAAGUAUGAAGAGGAGGUGGGGUGCCGAGCCAACGCCGAGAAUGAGUUUGUAGCUCUGAAGAAGGAUGUAGACACAGCUUUCCUGAAUAAAUCAGAUCUAGAAGCCAAUGUGGACGCCCUGGCCCAAGAAAUUGAAUUCCUGAAGGCUCUGUACCUGGAGGAAAUCCAGUUGCUGCAGUCACACAUCUCAGAGACAUCUGUCAUUGUGAAGAUGGACAACAGCAGGGACCUGAACCUGGACGGGAUCAUAGCUGACGUCAAGGCCCAGUAUGAGGAGGUGGUGAGGCGCAGCCGCGCUGAUGUUGAGGCCUGGUACCAGACCAAGUAUGAGGAGAUGCGGGUGACAGCUGGCCAACACUGUGACAAUCUACGGAACACACGGGAUGAGAUCAAUGAGCUGACCCGGCUGAUCCAGAGGCUGAAGACAGAGAUUGAGCAUUCCAAGGCCCAGUGUUCCAAGCUGGAGGCUGCCGUGGCUGAGGCAGAGCAGCAGGGCGAAGCGGCCCUCAAUGACGCCAAGUGCAAGCUGGCAGAUCUGGAGGGUGCCCUUCAGCAGGCCAAGCAGGACAUGGCCCGGCAGCUUCGGGAGUACCAGGAGCUCAUGAAUGCCAAGCUGGGCCUGGACAUCGAGAUCGCCACCUACAGGCAGCUGCUGGAAGGCGAGGAAAUCCGGAUCUGUGAAGGUGUUGGGCCAGUAAACAUAUCUGUGAGCAGCUCUCGAGGAGGUGUGCUGUGUGGCCCCGAGUCCUUGGUCUCUGGAUCUAGCCUUUCCCGCGGUGGUGGAGUCACCUUCUCCUGCAGCAGUGGCAUCCGUACCACUGGAGGGGUUCUGACUUCCUCAAGCCUAAGGGCUGGUGGGGACCUGCUGAGCUCUGGGACCAGAGGAGGCUCAGUGCUGGUGGGCGAUGCCUGCGCCCCCAGCAUCCCCUGCCCACUGCCCACUGAGGGCGGUUUCAGCAGCUGCAGCGGUGGCCGUGGCAACCGCAGCUCCAGCGUCCGCUUCUCAUCCACCACUACCUCUCGCAGGACCAGGUACUGA